CCCUGCCUCACUCACUCCACUCACCCCCGUCCCCGCCCACUGUGAACACCUCAAUCUCAUCAGCAGAAAACACAUCAAGAUUGUAUCCCGGAACCGGUGGCAUGGUGGGGUACAGCGGCUGCAACAUCGUUGGCUCCCAUUUCACCCGCACCCCUACCCCUUGCGCCCAUCCCAAAGGCAGAGGCGCCCAGAGCCCCAGCCACUCGGGUCCGAGAGGCUGGGUGACGCUCAGCUUGGCUAGCUGCACCCGUUGCUCGUUGUCUGCUCGCGAGACAGUGAUGCGGCGAGGCAUCACCGACGGCGACUGGAAGGUGGGCGGGGAGGUCCCGGAUGCCUUGAAGACGAGGGCGUUGGCCGUGUAGUAGUUGAAAGCUCCUGGGCCGUGGGGGGCAUCCAUGGGCGAGGGCGGCCGGAUGCUCUCGUCAAUGAAGCAGCCAUGCAUGUCCUCGUCUGAGCGGAUGAGGAACAGCAGGCCACUUGCAUCCCCCACACGACCGAGCAUGUCGGUGUACUCGUGCCCGUGCUCAGUCGCCCUGCAGCAACGACAAGGGAAAGAGCAAACACCACAAAAGAGGUGGUCGAUGGCUCAUUCUUACUUGUAGAGUGGCUCGAUGUCUGUGAUGCGUUUGCCCGUCUUCCGCAGUAUGGCGAUCAGCUGAGCGGCGGAGGCGAUCACAGAGGGGCUGGGGAGGCACCGCGCAUCGCCAUGCAGCAGCAUCAUUGGCUCCAUCGCCAGGCCGUGUCUCUCCAUCGCCGCCAUGAGAGGUGCCUUGAGCCGUCGAGGCGCAUAUGGGGGGUCGACCACAGCUAUGGGUGUGGCAGCGCGGAUGCGGCCGGCAAAGUCGGUGGCGAGGGAAUGGGCUGCUGUAUCGGGUGGGAGGGAGGGGAGGUAGCGUGACAGCUGGCGCAGGGUGGCCUCCAGAUUCAUGACCAUCAGCAGCCUCUGCUGCUGGCCUUCUGUCUGCAUCAGCGCCUCGAGCCGGUCGGCAGUCGACGAGUAGGCAAACGCCGCCUUACGCAACUGAUUUACAGAGGAACAAUGAAGGAAAGCAGAUAGUGCGCCACAGCCAGCAUCAUUGCUGUCCUCAUGCGCAUCUGCCCAGAUUUGUGGCCUUACUUACCGCUGCGAUGUGAUGUGAGGCCAUGAGGAGCUCCACUCGUUCGUCGUCUACUACACUAUAGCUGAACAUCUGAUGCGCACCAGCCGUCAAGACGUAACGCGCUCCUGCGUCCAUGGCGUGGAUGGCUAUCCGCAGGGGCGCAAAACGACGCUGCAUCGCUGCCUUGAGGGCAUCCAGGUGGGGGCGCUGGGGCAGGACCACAGUCAGUUGAGAGAUGGACUCGAUCUCGAGGGCCGACCAGAUGCUCGACAGAACGAAGGUGCCCAGAUGGACCACAGCGGCAGACGGCACUGCAACAACCGAGACACGGAGACACAGAGACGCUCGAGGGGAGGUGUAUGAGCGCAUUCUUCUCCAUCUCUUUGCCACUUACCGUCUAGGUGCAUGACUAGCUUCUUGAUGCUAGGCAGGUCGUCCUUGUAAUCCCCCAGUGUGAUGCCCUCCCUCUCGUCCUCAGCCUUGAUGAGCUCACGGCCACCCUCGGACACAAAACCCAACGACACGCGAUCGAUCUCACCACAGCCUCUGCUAGUGAGGACCUGGCGCGCAGCUGUCUCACUGCCGGACAUGGCGAGCUCGUCCAGCGAGGUCAUGUGUGGUCUCAUGAGUGCCGCCAGGCGGAUGGCGAUGUCCCCUUUGGCAGUGAGUGUCUGCACCCUCCCCAGCCGUCCGUCGAAGGGCAGCACAGGCAGCUGCCGCCCUGGGCCAUCUCCUGCCGUCAGGGAGGCGAGCUGCACCCGGCUCGGCAUCUGCGAUGCCCGAAUGCCGUUGAGCAGGUCCAGGACGUCUGCCGGCGCCAUGUCCAUCAGCUGCAGGUUGCCGAGAUGCGCCCCCUUGCUCAGCAGCAUCUUGGCCACGCCCAGGCCGAUGCGGCUCUUGACGGUCAGACUUCUCACUGGGAAGAGGCCGUGGGCUUUGACUGCGUCGAGCUCGGGGGGCUCAGGCGGGACGGAAUCGGGUGGCGGGGCCGAUCCGUCCGCACACUCGAUGGAAAUGCUGCAGCAUCCAGGCGGGCACCACGAUGGGACCCACAGCUGAUCCGCCAGGCUGUGAGCGAUAGGGCCGUUCUGUGGGAGGACGACCUGGUCCUGCGUGACCAUCCAGACGUAGCGGCAUCGGGAGAGGCUCGAGCCACGCGCCUCGAUUCUCGGGCAGAGGAGAUUGCUGUCCGAGCUGCCACGCCGUACACCGUAUGUCUGGAGCAGCGCACAGACGAGUGGGGAGCCGCAGGGGGGCAGCUGGCUGAAAUCGAACCGGGUGUAGGCCAGCAGGUGGCGGAGGGGGACCUCUCGCACCUCCUCGCCGUCGGCAAGGGGCAGAAUGAAGAUGCAGACCUUGCCCGAGGGUGAGCAGAUCGCGUCGAUGAAUGUGGCGAGGGCCUUGAAUGUGGCAUAGUCGUUGAGGAUCAGCGAAUGACAGUCGUUGCGAUGCACCACCACACUCAGGAGAUCCAGAGACUUCGAGCAGCCUCGAUCCACUAAACACCUCUGAAAGCAGAAAGAACACAAUAAACCGAGCCAAGAAGGCGUCAAUGCCGUGGCUGGCCCUCGUCAGCUUUCUGUGUGUCCCCUGCUGUCUUUCUUUCUGUGUCACCCACCUGGAGGUCCCGAAGGCCGUCUAUAAGAUCAGCCGAUUCGAUAUCGAAGAGCUUGAUGAAGCUGAUCGUCCGCAGCUUCGCCAGAGGCCCCUGGCUGCCCCGCUGCCCCACUGGAAUAGACCCGAUCAGCUCCGCCAGCCGUGAUGCCCCGGCAGGCCCCCGUUCAGGUACACCAGGGACCUCGCCGUGGCAACGAACGGCCUGAUGGGCGCUAUCUCGCCGGACACGUAUAAUGCAGACACGUACUUGACAGCCGGUGUCGCCCAUCCCCGCCCAUCGAUGACCGAGUUGGCGGUGUGGACCCCGCUGGCCUCGGUGAGUGCCGGCAGGUUGAUGGUUUGGGAUGGGGCGGCAGCUGGGGGAUCGGCAUUGGUGUUGUCCAGCUGGUUGAUCUCGUCUCGUCCGGUGUUGGGGUACACCACCGCCUCGAAGCUCAGAGACUUGAGCGAGCCCUCGGGCAUGCCGGUGGCUGGCCCCUCCUUAUCGCGCGCCGCCUGUCGUCCCGCCGCAUGGCCCUCCACCAGCGCGAUGACGAUCCCGCGGCACCACCCAAAUGCACUGACAAAGUGGCCAGCAGGGACCCCAUCUGCCCCAUCAGGUGUCCGCGGAAUCCGAUGGACGAGACACUUGAGGUUGACCAUCUGUUGGCCGAGCUCAUAGGCCGUCUGCGGCGCCAUGCUGCUCCAGAAUCUCCGCUGCCGAGUGUUGCUGGAGUCGAUGACGAGCUCGGUGUGGUGCUGCAGGACGACGCCGCUGAGUGGGGAGGGCAGGGGCGGCUUCAGACACCAUACGGGAUUCACCAACGCAUAGACGCCGAUGUGCAGCUCCCGAGGCUGCACACAUAUAGACGGCAGACACAAAGGAAUGAAGGCAUCUGCCACCUCCGCUUGAGCCAUCUGUUUGUGGUUGCAUUCCUACGUACCACAGAGAUGCCCGACCAGCCCUGCAUCCGAAUGGCCUGUCGUUCAGCAGCACCCACACGAACCAAAGACGGACGACUGUACACACCCAUUGGAUCAUGCUGCUUGUGAUCAUGUACCUUGAAAACGGCAGCGGCAGCCUCACUGUCCUCCGCACCGCCAUCAGCGGCAUCAUCGCCAUCAGCAGACGACGAAGCGGCUUCAGCGCGGCCACCACUACCUGCAGGAAAUGAGAUGCAUCGACAGCAGCAGAAGAAUGCACCAUCAAUGGCCUUCCUACCUUGCUGCCGGGCGACUGGCCGCCAGAUCUGCCGCUUGCGAGCCAUGCCUAAGCGUCAAUAGCGAUAGCUACCACGACGUCUACAAAGCAUCGUCAGG